CCCACGCAGUCAAUGAAUACUUGGAGAAGUUGACUAUUUGGAGGCACAAACUAAACAACAGCGUACUACUCCACAAACCUCUGGAAGCGCGUGAUUGAUCGUCUGCUGGAAUGGCUCCAUUACUGAGCUGGUCAUGUAGACCGCUGCUUCUACUGCCUCUUAUUGGAAUAUGUUUCACAAAAUUCGCAAGAGCAGAUGGAGUGAGGUCUGAACUCCACAUAUUCCAUCAGUCAUGUGCCCUGAAGAAAGACGAAGGGCCAUGCAAGGCAAUAAAGGAUAGGUUCUACUUUGACACUGAAGCAGGUCGCUGUGAACCCUUUGAAUAUGGAGGCUGCCAAGGCAAUGAGAACAAUUUUGAGACCCUGCAGGAGUGUGAGGAAAUGUGUCUUGUAAAAGCGGAAAAGAGUCCAUGCCAUCUGGAGGAUGAGCCGGGGCCGUGUCGAGGAAUGGUGCCUCGUUAUUAUUUUGAUUACAAGAGCCAGGAAUGCAAGCGAUUCUUUUAUGGAGGCUGCUUUGGGAAUGACAACAACUUCAGGACUAUAAAAGAAUGCCAUGAGAGAUGUCUACCUGCCUCAAACCACAUGAAAAAAAAUGCUCCAUUAAAGCCAGAGAAAGAAGAAGCCAAACCCAAAACAGAACCCGAUAUCAAACAUGUUGAAGCUCCAUUGAAUGCAUCACAUAUGCCACUGCAGAAAAUGUCCCAACCAUCUGCAGAGGAAGCAGCUGCCUCAAACAACACGGAACAAAAUGCUCCAAUAAAACCAGAGGAAGAAGCCAAACCCAAGACAGAACCUCUCACCAAACAUGAGUUCAGUCUCCCAGAAUUAUGCUUGAGUCCAAUUGAUAGGGGCGAUUGUGAUGGCUCUAUAAGGAGAUACGUUUACAACACCAGGACUGAGAGAUGCCAGGUGUUUCGUUACAGUGGCUGCGGAGGCAACAAAAACAACUUUAUGCACAAGAGACACUGCAUGAAAAUGUGCAUGAAAGGUCACAGUCGGAUGAAGCAAAUACGGAUAAAGACGAAGAACACAAAUAUCUUGUUCGGAUCUGUCUAGGAGGACCUAGACAGUAUUUUUGAUGAUACCAAAUCCUAAACCACUCUUUAGAGAGGAGAAAAGAGAAAAUUAGAAACAGCAGCAUAUAGUACCUCUCUGACCCACAAACUGUUCUUAUGUAUAUAAUUAUCACAGUUUAUGGAUUUUAAUCUGGGCUUCAUAUAUAAAGUAUUUUUAAUGUAAAACAUAAUCUUACACUUUAUAUUGUUUUAUGGGGACGAAAUGACAAGUAUAUUUACUAAAUACUCAUUAUAUUUCAUAAAAAAAUUAUUCUAAUUCUUAAUCUUUCAUGUUCAUGUUAAAUCUUUUAAUAUGUUUACACUCUAACAUGUUUUUUAUGCCCUCGCACUGUGACCUUGACUCUUACCAUUGUUUGUAUGUAAUGACUAGAGGCAAAUAAUGUUGUUGUUUU